GAAGCCAAGACGAACUUUACAGGAAGCCAACAACACGAUGGCUGACUUGGUGGGAUACGGUUAUGCUGCCUUCGUGACGAUCGGUGGAAUUAUAGGCUACAUUAAAGCUGGUAGCACAGUGUCCUUAGGCAUGGGGCUGCUUAUGGGUGGUUUGUCAGGUGUCGGCGCUUACAUGAAUUCUCAGUCUCCCAGGAGCUGUGUGGUUCUUCUUUUAUCAAGUGGUGCAUUGGCUGCAGCCAUGGGUGUGAGAUUCUACAACUCUGGCAAGAUCUGGCCACCAGGGGUCAUGGCAAUACUGAGUUUGGGCAUGGUUGCCAAGUGCGGUGUCCAGAUGAUGCAGUAGCAUACAUUCCACCAUUGGAGAAAAAACUCCAGCUUCCAUAGUAUGCAUUUUUAACUAAAGCAAGAACUUUGUAAAAUUUAGUUUUAGAAUAAACAGUUAGUAGUUCACAUAGAGAUAUCUACAAGGCAGUUUAGAUCAGAUGUUCCUUCAGUUUAUGUACCAAGUACAUAUUCAAGAAGUAUGCUUUGUUUGUUUUUGACAAGUUACAGUUUGUUGUCUUAGUUUUGCUUUAAAGUAUAGUUCUAGAAUUAAUUUAUAGGUAUUGAUGGUUUUAAAAUAAAAAGGAAAACUAUGUAAGGGAACCAAUGAAUG